AUGUCGUCGAAGAAUGGCAUCGCCCGCCGCGAUGAGGACGAGGUCUGCCCCGUCUGCAAAUCGUCGCGGUAUCUCAACCCGAACAUGCAAUUCCUCAUCAACCCAGAAUGCUACCACAAGAUGUGUGAGUCGUGCGUGGACCGCAUAUUCUCCUCUGGUCCGUCAAACUGCCCAGUUGCUGGCUGUCGAAAGACACUGCGCAAAAACCGGUUCCGGAAGCAGACAUUCGAGGAUAUUGGGGUAGAGAGGGAAGUGGAUAUUCGACGACGAGUGAUGCAAGUGCUCAACCGGCGCGAAGAGGAAUUCGACUCGAAACGCGCCUACGACGACUUCCUCGAGCAGCGCGAGGAGAUCAUCGCGAACCUAGUCGGGCGGAUCGAUGUGGCAAAAACAGAGGCCCAGCUCCAGCAAUACGCCACCGACAACAUGCAGUCGAUCCGAACAAACCAAGCGCUGGAAGCCCAAGAGGCCUCGUCCUUCCAGGCACGCAUGACCCAAGAACAAGAAGAAGCGCGACUGCGCCGACAAGCGGCCCGCGAGGAAUACGAGAACGAGCGGCGCGAGAUGCAAGCAGGACGCGAGGACUUUCUGUCCCGACUGGCAGCCGGCACAGCGGCAGACGCCACGUCGAUCGCGCGCGAGGGCCACAAAGUCCUGCUCAAGAAGUCGUCCGCCCGACGCAGCGAGGAAGACCGCAUCCGCCAGAAACAGGCCGCGCUGCGCGGCACAGAAACCACCAAGCGCACGGGCGGGCCCCUCACAACCGCCGAUAUCGCCGGCGCUGCGCCCUCAGCGGACACGGGCCUGGUCAAGGGCCUGCGCAAGAUCAAGACCCCCGAACCCGAAAAGCCCUACGAUCCAUUUAUGGGCCUCGUCCCCGAAAAGCGCGAUUACUACUCCUUGCAGUCGUUCUACCCGUCUUCCUACCUCGAGCCUAUCCGCAAGGAUACCCGUAUGUUAGCCGGUGGCUACGAUCUGCGUGAGUACUACUCGCGCACGUUGUUUGAGGCCUUUGCCGGGCUGGGCUGUUUUGUCGGGGAAGAAGUUGCCCAGCGCGAUGCUACCUCUGCUGCGGGGAUUUCGAAGCCCGCUGCCACUGAGGGUGCUGCUAUGGCAGCGGUAGGAAAUGCAGCCGUCAAUGAGAACACGGCCUGA